UUUAAAUAUGGCACAAUUAGACAAAAAAGCUUCUAGAACUCUUGAAUUUACCUCUGAAGAUCUGGUUGAGUUCCUUCCAAUGGUGAAGGAAAAGUACGGAAAGGAGGUGAAUAUCUCUACAAUAGAGAAUGCAGAACCAGAACACCAGCAGAGUCUAGGCCGGCUUUUUCUCAAGUUAGACUGCCUCCAGAAGUUAAGGUCAUGUCUUACAGAUGGGAUCCUUAACACAAUGACCAAAAUUGGAGAGAUCAAAGAGGAAGAGCCUCAUUUUGAUACCGAAAAAGUUAUCGAAUCUGUCGAGAAUAAGUGAAUUGAAAAUUUACACACAAAGUUAGAGCUUGAGAAAGUAGUUAAUUCAAAAAAGAGACUUCUUCUACUCAUCGCUGAGAAAGAGCAAAUAAUUGAGAAUUUAAAGAAGCUAAUCCCUAAAAUGGAUAAUACAUCUAGAAUUAGCAAGAAAGAUCUUGAGAAGAUUGUCAAAGAGUCUAAAUUAUACGCUAAACGUCAUUUAAAAGGAACCAAGAGGAUUACCAGCAAUGAUAAAUCUACUGUAGAAUCAAUCGAAGCUGAAAUUUUUGAAGAAAAUGGCCUCUAUCAAAAGUAUCAAUCUAGUCAAGAAGAUCUGGAGGUUUAUAAAGAAAAAUGAAGUCAAUAUAGAGGUCUUCCUCCUCAAGUGAAGCUAGCUCAAAUAAAGGUAGCACAAGCUCAAGAGUGUUUGAUAAAGAAGCAGGAAGAUCUUGAGAGAAUACUUGGAAGUUAAAUUUGUUAAUAUCAAUAUAGAAA